AUUCGGUUACUGGGGAAGCCCCAGGCUCAGCGCGACACCACGACCACAACUAGGACGCACCACUGUGGAUCUACCUGGGGAGGCAGCUACAAGGCCAGCCGACUGACACCCGUGUCCUAGCCGUCGGCGGCCUGAGAAACGACAGUCAAGGGAACCAAUAUCGCGGGGCUCCGCUUACCGGCCGACUUCCGGACCCCCUCGACCUUCUCUUCGGGGAAACUCGAGUUCGCGCCAGCUUGGCCCGAAGACGCGCCACGCCCCCUCCCCUAUCUGAGCCGGACUGGAAGCCCGGGUGGAAACGGCGCCCGCAUCCCAGAGCCAAGCAGGCGUGGACUCUGCGCGCGCUCCCCGGGACCUUCAGCGUUAAGAACUCCGAGGAGAGCGUGGGGAGUGGCGGGGAACGGCGGCGACAAAGCGGAUUUGAAACUAGGAGUCAGGGCGGACGUGGGGAGCUGGAGCCUCAGAAGCGACCUACGCGGCGGCCGGGGAAGCCUCGCGGCCUGCGGGAGCGCCUGGCGGUCAUGGGCGAGCCGGCGGUGGGGCUCCCAGGAGCCGGCUGAGCGCCGGGCCCUUAUUUCCCGGGAACGUGGGGCUGGGUGCUGCCCCUGGGGGCCCGACCAUGGCCAGCCGGGGUUUCAGCUGGGGCUCAGGCCACCUGAACGAGGACAACGCUCGUUUCCUGCUGCUGGCCGCGCUCAUCGUGCUCUACCUGCUGGGCGGCGCCGCCGUCUUCUCCGCGCUGGAGCUGGCGCACGAGCGCCAGGCCAAGCAGCGCUGGGAGGAGCGCCUGGCCAACUUCAGCCGCGGCCACAACCUGAGCCGCGACGAGCUGCGCGGUUUCCUCCGCCACUACGAGGAGGCCACUCGGGCCGGCAUCCGCGUGGACAACGCCCGCCCGCGCUGGGACUUCGCCGGCGCCUUCUACUUCGUGGGCACCGUCGUGUCCACCAUAGGAUUUGGGAUGACAACUCCGGCGACCGUAGGAGGAAAAAUCUUUCUGAUCUUUUAUGGCCUCAUUGGGUGUUCCAGCACCAUCUUGUUCUUCAACCUCUUCCUGGAGCGCCUGAUCACUGUCAUUGCCUACAUCAUGAAGUCGUGCCACCAGCGGCAGCUCCGGAGACGAGGGGCUCUGCCCCAGGAGAGCCUGAAGGACGCAGGGCAGUGCGAGGUGGACAGCCUGGCCGGCUGGAAGCCCUCCGUGUACUAUGUCAUGCUGAUCCUGUGCACAGCCUCUGUCCUCAUCUCCUGCUGUGCCUCGGCCAUGUACACCCCCAUUGAAGGCUGGAGCUACUUUGACUCACUCUACUUCUGUUUUGUGGCUUUCAGCACCAUUGGCUUUGGGGACCUGGUCAGCAGCCAAAACGCCCAGUAUGAGAGCCAAGGCCUCUACCGCUUCGCCAACUUCGUCUUCAUCCUCAUGGGCGUCUGCUGCAUCUACUCCUUGUUCAAUGUCAUCUCCAUCCUCAUCAAACAGUUCUUGAACUGGAUUCUGAGGAAAAUGGACAGCGGGUGCUGCCCGCAAUGCCGGAGAGGACUCUUGCGAUCACGCAGGAACGUGGUGAUGCCAGGCAGCGUCCGGAACCGCUGCAACAUCUCCAUAGAGACAGACGGGGUGGCAGAGAGCGACACGGAUGGGCGCCGGCUCUCGGGGGAGAUGAUCUCCAUGAAGGACUUGCUGGCAGCCAACAAGGCCUCGCUGGCCAUCCUGCAGAAGCAGCUGUCUGAGAUGGCCAACGGCUGCCCCCACCAGACCGGCACGCUGGCCCGGGACGAUGAAUUCUCAGCGGGGGUGGGAGCCUUCGCAAUUAUGAACAACAGGUUGGCAGAGACUAGCGGGGACAGGUAGAAGCCAGGAGUGGAAGCUGGGCAGGAGGCCAGGGGAGAGUGGAAGAUGGCUGCCACCCAGGGGCGGAGCUCAGCCCUGCACCUUGGCUCUGUUCCUUCUGGGAGCUGUUCCUGGGAGCCUCCGCACACCCAUCUUUAGAAAUCUGAUCUCGGCUCCAGCCAACGGCCACCUUCCAGGGAUGGGGGGGUCUGAAGCCUCAGUGCUUGUCUCCUGAUCCUUAUUCUUUAAGUCUGAAUUCACUCUUUUCAAAAUGAAUCACAAAAGCAGGAUUAGACAUGGCAUUGUUUCUUUCAUCUUGUUUCAGAGUGUUAGCUGCCCGGGGAGACUGGUUUUACUUAAGCCUUGAUUUCCUGAAGCUCUCUCUGGUCUUUAUUUGGGAAUGAAAAUUCUGAAGACUCAUUUUUCCCUAGAACUCUGAAUGGAUGAAUUCAAAAAAGCGGGGAGAACGUGUGGGGAUCCGUCAGGGCUUUCUCUUUGCCAGGCUUCCUUCAGAGCAGACCUGCCAGGGGUGUCUGCAUAGGGAAAAUAUCUGUUCUACUCUUUACACCUGCUUCUGUCUUUUGUUUUCUCCUUCUUUUUAUUUUUAAGGCUUUAAUGCCUGACUGUGGCAUCUGUGGGACCUCAAUGUAAUAAGAAAACUAAAUUCAGCUUCAGGCCUUUAAACUGCAGCCAGAUGGUGGCGUAGGGGUGUGGGAGGGGGAGAGACUCACUUUUGUUAACUCAAGAGCAUAGCUUAACAUUUCCCCUUUGAAUGGUCAUGUAGACCAUUUCAUUUUUACCAGGGCUUGGGGGCCCAAUGCAAAGAUGAUGACUAUUUAUUAAAACUGAAAAUUUAAUAAAGGCUCAUUUUAUUAACUAA